AGCGGACACGGCGGGGCCCGGGCACAAGGCUCAGUCCUGCAUUUUCAAGAGACCAGGAGUGAAUCCUCAAAUGUCAAAACUUUGUGGUCACUGCUGAUUCUGCUGGUUUCAGUGAGAAGAGAAGAAAAGCAUCAUAGCUGACCCUUGGAUUAAAGGCAGAGCUUCUAGAUUUGUGACCCGUGUAAUUGCCAUGGCCUGGCAGGUCUACAUCAAGCUCUGUUGUUGUUAUCCCCAGGCAUCUGCACCAAGUGAGGUAUGUCCCAUGUAUUGGGGUGUGUUUGUGUGCUGAGACUGCCUCCAGCAGAUCAAUUCUCCCUCAGAAUAUGGAACAGAAGCCACCUUUUCACUUGACAGCUGGAAGGAGACUGAUUCCCCAACGAUGCAGCCCCCGUUUCAGAAUGAGGACCUAGACCUGCAAGCAGCUGUAGCAAGAGCCCGUCCCCAGCUCGUGGAGCUCCUCGCUCACUGUCCUGACUGGCUGCUCACCACGUCCCAGCCCUUCAUCCCCGAGGCAGCCCUGGGCAGCCUGGGUGCCAUCACCAACCCCAGACACAAAACCUCACUGCUCCUUGACCUGCUGGAGGAGGCUGGUCCUGCUGCCUGGAGCCACUUUGCACAGUCUGUCUGCAUGGAAUGUGACCUGCCCCUGGAUCUGGAGGUCCUGCUCAUGAGCUCUGUGGGAGAAGGUAACUUCAGCCAGACAGAAGAAGCAGACACAGAUAUGAGAGCUCAGUCACCUGUGCCAAAAGGGUCUGCUCGCCGUCACCGUUGCAGCAGCUCUGGGAGUGACAAGGAUUCCAAACAGCAACGACUGGAUUCAUCUGUGAAGUACCAGCAUCUCCUCAUCAACUCUAUCCUCCAGAGAUACGGAAGCAGGAGAGAAGCAGGAGCAGAAGAACAAACACAGCCACUGCCUUUCAACCAAACCUUUGUCAACGUUGUCAUCCGUCAGAGCAAAGCCCCCCGCUUAUUUAAAGAGAGAGCAGAGAGACCCCGGGGGGACAUGGCAGGUGCUCCUGAGCCAGAGGAAUGUGCAGACACAGCCGUGAAAGUGUCAGAUCUGCUUUGUAGCGAGGCCCCAUCGCACACAACAAAGGUGAUCUUUUUGUUUGGCAAACCAGGCACAGGCAAGACCAGGCUGAUGCACAGGAUUUGUCAGAAAUGGGCAGAAGGUGUCCUACCUCAGUUUCUCUUCACUUUCCUGUUUGAGUUUCGGCAGCUGAAUUUGUUAAAAAGAAAACUGACGCUGAAGGAGCUUUUGUUUGACAUGUUCCUUCAGCCAGAGGACAGCCCUGAUGCAGUGUUCCAGGGCCUCCUGGAGAGUGCCCAGCAGACACUGAUCAUCUUUGAUGGGCUGGAUGAGUUUGCAGCUAACAUGGAUGUGUCAUCCUCCUCUAAGGGAGGCCCAGCUCUUACCUCCCCUGUGUCCAUAUCCCAGCUCUUUGCAGACCUCUGUCAUGGCAAGCUCCUGCCUGGUUGCACAGUGUUGGUCACCAGCCGACCUAAGAGGCUACCUGGAUUUUUAUUAUAUACAGUAGGUGUGCUGGCAGAGAUUUGGGGAUUUGACCAUGAGAAGGUUGAGGAAUAUGUUAGCCACUAUUUUUGUCAGCAUUCCUGCAGAGAACAAGCCAUUGCCCACGUGAAGAACAACACCAAACUCCUCAGCAUGUGCCUCAUCCCUGCUCUGUGUAACAUUGUGUGCAUCUGCUUGGAGUAUUUGCUCCUUAAACAUCAGAUGAGCGUGGAGCUUCCUCAGACUAUGACACAGUUUUAUAUCAAAAUGUUUCUCAUCUUCCUAAACAAGCAGCAAGGAGACUGUGCAGGUGAUGAGGAGACUCAGCUGAACUGUAACAAAAAGGCCAUUUUGGGUCUGUUUGACCUUGCACUGAGAGGCCUGGAAGAGAAGAAACUUGUAUUUUAUGUUGGUGAUAUUCCCGAGGAUGUGAAGGAAUUUGCUUUGUUGCAUGGAUUGCUGACUGUCUUUGAGGUGAAGACCAGUGGGACUUGCCCAGAGGUUGGCUAUGCCUUUGUGCACCUGAGCUUGCAGGAGUUUUUUGCAGCACUGUGUCUCAUGGUGAGUAGGAGGGUGGACAAGAACCACUUGAAGAAGAAAUUCUUCCUGAAGUCAAAGUGGACUUCAAAAAAUGAGACAAAGACUGAGUUUAUGGAGAGUUUUCAUAUAUUUCUCUCGGGUUUGUCGUCAAGAGAGUGUAGGACAUUUCUCAUGCUGCUGGCAGAGCAAGAUGAAGCUUGGGUGCAGGAAAAGCAGGAUAUGAUCCUGCAGUCUCUCAAGAAACUGGCAGCCACUCAUCUGUCAGGGCCUAAGGUCCUUGAGCUCUGCCACUGCACCUUUGAAACACAAAACCUCGAAGUAGCCCAGCACAUUGGAAACCUGCUGAAUUUCAAGUACGAGUUUAAAAACUUCAGACUGACAAUGCUGGACAUGUCGGCUUUGGUUUUUGUCAUAAACUCGGGCCAGGAUUUGAUUUGUUUGGAUUUUGCAGGAUGUCUUGUGGACACUGACUGUUUGGAGGUUCUGGCUGGCUGUAAAAAUGUGGAACACUUGAGCUUUCGUAGCAGGAGAUGUGGUGAUAACUUUGCUGCUGCCCUUUCAAAGGCCUUGCAAGGAAUGGGGAGCCUGAAGAAACUUGAGCUGACAGGGGGGAGCAUCACAGCUGAGGGGAUGACCAGCUUGGUCCAGGCUGCAUCACAGUGCCUCCAGCUUGAGGAAAUAAACUUGCAGGGCAAUCGGAUACGGGACCCAGAAGUGAAGAGGGUGAUGGACCUGUUUUCCAAAAUGGAAAAGCUGAAGAAAGUAGACCUGAGCAACAACAAUCUUUCCUUGAAUGCUGUUCUCAGUUUGGCAAAGGAAGGCAUCGUGUGUCAAAAUGUUACUGAGCUGUGUGCCAGGGGGGACACCAUGAUUAUUUCUUUUUCUGGCGCCCCUGGGGAAGCUGAAAGAUCUUUGGAUUUGAAGUUGGAAGAGAAUAAAGAACCUAUAAUUCCAACUAGACGUGUGAAUUUAUGCUUGCAGGACCACAGGCUGUCUUCCCAACAUGCCAGGAUGAUUGUGGCCCUUCUCCAGAGCUGUCCCUGUCUCUCUGAAGUGGAUUUAUCAGGCAACAUGCUUGGAGAUGAAGGCUGCAGCUGUCUGAUGGAAAACCUCCCCUGUAUAUCAAUUUCAAAGCAGCUGAAUCUCAGUCAAAACCGCCUCUCUGUCACUGGCAUUUGCAGCCUGUUGAAGUCAGUAAACACCUGCCAGAAGGUGAUGGAGGUGCAGGUCAGCCUUUGUCGUGAUACUGCAGUCCUGAGAUUUAGAGAAGACAGGGAGUUUGCUUCCCUUCCUCCUAGGGAAGAGCCUGUGCUCUCUACUGAUGACCAACAACAUGGGGAGGAAGACCAGACACCUGCCACCUCCCAAAAAAUAAGACUGACAGACUGUAAUUUUCAAGCCAGUGACCUGAAGAUUCUGUGUGCAGUCCUGAAGGAAUGUGCCCACAUCUCCGAGCUGGACCUAUCACAUAAUUAUCUGGGAGAUGAGGGAUUGUUGCAGCUGUUUCAAUGCCUCCCAAAACUGAAAAUGUUGAGUUGUCUCAAGUUUAACGACAACCAGAUCUCCCCGAACUCCGUGUUUUUCUUAGCUCAGUCAUUAAUUACGCUGGAACACAUUAAAACAAUGAGCCUCAGCUUAGGACUCACACAGGUGGUUCAUCUGACCUUUUGGGAAAGAGUCAGAAGUACCAGCAGACGGAGAAGUGUUUCCCUGGCACAUCCCAAGGAGGAAGCCCAAGGACGGUGCUUUUGUCUCAGGGACUGCAAAUUGGGUCCAGAGGAUGUGACCAGGCUGUGCCAGAUACUGGCUCAAUGUCCCCAGCUGACAGAAAUCAAUCUGUCUAGAAAUUCAUUGAGUGACCAGAGCAUCGAGAGAUUACUGAGUUUUCUGCCGUCACUCCGUCAUCUGACAUUACUGAGUAUUAGGGCAAACUCCUUGUCCCCACAUUGUGCUGUUUUACUCCUCAACUCCAUCAAUGUCUGUGAGCGGGUCAGAGUGGUGGAAGUCUGGUCAAGUGAAAAUGCCUUCUUGCAUUUAGGAGCAAGCAUGCGAAGCCAAAAGACAUCCUGCAGGCUGACAGGCUGUGCCCUCGGGCAGGGGCAGGUGGAGGAGCUCUGCAGCAUCCUGGAGCAGCACGGGUGGCUGGCAGAAGUCGAUCUCUCUAGGAAUCAGCUGGGAGAUGAAGGCCUGAGGUGCCUCUUGGACCACUUGCAUCGGGUGCCCAGUAGCUGUUCCCUCAAUCUCGGCCAUAAUGGGAUUUCUCGGGAUGGAGUCCUGCAUCUCGUAAAUGCCUUUGUCACAUCCAGAAACACCACUGAAGUUCAAGUCAGUUUGUGCUCAAAAGCAACUUUAAUCAUCAAGCUGACAAGUGGAGAUGACCCAAGAAAGGCUCAAGAAAAGGUUUUGAGACUGGCAGAGUGCAACUUUCAGCCAGAGCACUUGGAAAGGUUGUUCUUGCUCCUGGAAAAGUGCACUUACCUGACGGAGUACGAGUCCUCAAAUAACAACAUGACAGUCCAAGCUGCAGAAAGACUUUUGCAUUCCCUGAGGAAAGAUCUGGGGCUGCUGAAAAUCAGCAUAGAAGAGCCAUGGGUGUGCCAAGAGAGAGUCAUGAACCUGCUGGAGCUGGCUGUCCAGACCUCUGGAAAUGUUACUGAGAUCACGAUAUGUAAAGAUAAAUCCCUCUUCCAAUUAGUCAUAAGAUUCCCAAGCUGCCUGGAGAAGACAGAAUCUGUCAUUAGCAGACUGAGUCUGUGCAAGCCAGAAAUCAAGCACUCCUUCUGCCAAAGGCUUCGUGAAAAAUGUGCUCAGCUUCAGGAGCUGAGAUGGUCUCACGUGGAACUCCACGAGGAUGAAGCAGAAAUGCUAGUCAGGACUUUGCUCCCCCUUCCAGAGCUGAAGACAUUUGGGCUGACCUCUAGCAGUGUUGCAGCAACUGGAAUCGAUUAUUUGAUCUCAGGCUUGCAGAAUUGCCAGGCCAUUGAAGAACUCAACCUGGGCUACAUGGAGCUCAGCAGUGCUGCUGUCCCCGAGCUUGUGCUGGGGCUCUGUGGGAUGCCAUCCCUGAAAAGGCUGAUCUUGAACCACAACAGUAUUGGGAACGAUGGCUGCUCCAGACUCGCAGAAGCCUUGAGGAAAAUGCACAACAUGGAGGAAAUCAAUUUAAGCCACAACAAGAUUGGAGAUCCAGGCCUGAUAAAUCUUGCUGCUGUCCUCCUGGAAAUGCAAAACCUGAAGAAAAUCAACCUUUCAGGGAACUGUCCUAGUCCUGCUGGAGGGGAAAAGCUGAUGGAAGCUCUUGCCCAUUGCAGGCACAUCAAGGAGUUACUACUGUCAAGGAAUGGUUUUGGAGACAGGACAGCAGUGACUCUUGCCCUCUGUCUGCCUCGCAUGACCAACCUGAAGAUCCUGCACUUCCAGAACAAUAACAUUGGGCAGGCAGGAGGGCUGGAGCUGGCCAGAGCCCUGGUGGUGUGUGAGCAGCUGGAAGAGAUCAGUUUAUCAGAAAACAGCCUUGGGGAACAGAGUAUCCAUGCCCUGUCCAAGGGGCUGCAGUGCUUCCGACACCUCCGGAGGAUGGACUUGAAAUUCUGUGGAAUCACUGACUGUGCUUCAAAAUCACUCUGUCUCGGCUUCCGACAGUGCCCUUCCAUGGAGGAGAUCAUACUGUCUUGGAAUGCCCUUGGAGAUGGAGGAGCCCGAGAGUUGGCCAUUGCUCUCCCAAAAAUGGAAAAGCUGAAGGUGUUAGACCUGGAGAAAAAUCGUGUUGGAGCCUGUGGGGCCACAAAGCUUGCAGAGGAACUUGCCAAGUGCCCAGAAAUUCAGUUCCUAAGGCUGUGGGACAACCCAGUGCCCAAGGGCCUCGCCGAGAGGUUGACAAGCCAAGACCCAAGACUGUGUUUCUCCUUCAGCUAGAAAAGAUCCUUUGCCUAACUAGGAGCUGCACUCCAUUUCCCACUGCCCUCAAAACUACAUUGGAGAACCCCGGAACUCAAAGUUCCUACAACUGAAUACUGUAACUAUUUGGUCUUUCUUUGCUACAUUGAACAAAAUGUGGACACUGACAUUUUUUUUGUUUCAUUUGGGUUUUUUGUUUUGUUUUUGUUAAAGUUUUUUGUUUGUUUUGUUUCUUGUGACCUUUUACUGUACAGAAGAGAAAAAUACUUUUUUAAGUUAUUUUACUUAUAGAGCUGCUGCUGAACAGACACUACAGUCUUCUUGGUGUAAAAACACUGAAACUCUCUUUAAGAGAAUAACUUUCCAGAAAGUUGUUAGCAAAUAGUGCUAAGAAUGCUUAUGUACUAGACAUUACUUAUUUAUGUAUUGCCCUACAAAAGAAGGUACACCAUCACCUCCAUCCAAACUUCAAAUGUGUUGAAAGGUAAAUACUUAGUCUUUAUUUUGAGGGGGGGGGCAAUGAGUGACAGAAAGAAUAGAUGCCAUAAUUAAGUUCUCACACACAGUCACAAAAAAAAGAUACAAGGUUUUCUCAGAGCUGUGAGGUUUUGGAGUCACCAUCCCUGGAAGUGUCCAGAAAAUGUGUGGAUUUGGCACUUGGAGACUUGGUUUAGAGAUGAAUAUGUUGAUGCUGGGUUAAGGGUUUGGCUCAAUGGUCUUAGAGGUCUUUUACAACCUUCACCAUUCUAUGAUUGCAUUAUUCUAGGAUGAGAUGCAUUUUCUCAGGCAUUCAGAAAGCCAGCAGAGUAUUUCAUUAUCCUUAAUCAAGAUUACAACACCUACAGGGUAUUGCAGUAAAAAAAUACACAUCCUCCAGGAGAGAAUGUAAAAUUGUUUACAAAGUUGUAAAUUGUUGACAUUGUUACAGAUGAGCUCCAACAGACUGCUUGAAAAUCAUCUGCAACUGUGUGAAAUUCCUCUAUGAUUUUUAGGAAAAAAAAAAAUAGAAUCACAGAAGGAGUUGGAAGGGAUCUUAAAGACCUAGGUCCAACACCCCUGCCAUGGGCAGGGACACUUUACACUAGUCCAGGUUUCUCAAAGCCAGGUGGCCUUGAACACUUCCAGGGAUGGGGCAGCCACAGCUUUUCUUGGGAGAAGGAAGAAAAGGUAAGAAAAAAAGGAAUAUUUUGUUUUAUUUUCUUCAUAUCAGCCUCUUUUCCAUGCAGAAUUGCUCCUGUUUUGUGAAAAAAUACUUCAGGGUAUUUGAAAUUUCAGGUUGUUGCCAAAAAAAAAGAUCAAUGUUUAUACUGUGAUAAAAAGGAAACACUUGAUAUUACCAUAAAUUUCAUUGAGAAACAUUAAAGGACUGAGGUUGUAAAACAACUUGUAAUAAAACCAACUGCUCUGUGCUGACAGGAACGUGCUGCUACUGAUUGUUUUCAUGUGGGGUUUUGUACAGCUUUGUGGGGUUUCAGACUGGUUGCACUAUCCUCUUUCAGGAGAAGGGAGGGGUCAAUUAGCUUGAAAUGUCCACAUGAAAGAUCCUUCACGUCUCUGCUGUCCCCUGAACCCCAAACCUGUGUGGAUGUUGGACCUGUGGGAAGCACAGGGAGAAGAUCUCAAACACCAAGUGUGCUGUUCCUUAGAGAAAACAGGUGACAACUGCCCUUGGACUUGGAAUUCUGGCUUGUGCAGCCACACUGUUCUCAUCUAUUGCCUGGUGUUACA